AUGCCGAGCGACGCCGCGGAGGCGGGCGCCAAGAUCCAGAUCCUCAAAGACGCGCUCUACGACGAGGCACGGCAGCACGGCUCUGCCGACCGGCUAUUCACCCAGAAAGACCUGCUCGACCUCAACGUCAUCCCUAGCAACGAUGUUGUCCUCCUGCUGCGCGUCGUGCAGUCGCUCACCGACGACAAGCUUUUCGUCGGCGGAACGAACCAUGCUGGCCUAGCCUGGCGAUGGAGGAGCCGGGAGGAUGCCCAAAAAUACACGUCCCUCCCCAACGACGAGACCAUGAUGGUGUACUCGAUCGUCGACGAGGCCGGGGCGGACGGCGUGUGGAACCGGCACAUUAAGCACCGGCUGGGGAUGCACGAGGCCGUGGUGAAGAGCUGCAUCAAGUACCUCGAGACCAAGGGGUACAUCGUGGCCAUGAAGAACGUCGAGCACCCCAACAAGAAGAUGUACAUCCGCGCCAACCUACGGCCGUCGGACCGCGCCACGGGCGGGCCGUGGUUCACCGACGGCGAGCUCGACUCGCCCUUCAUCACGGAGCUCGAGACCAUCGUGUUUGAGUACAUCAAGAACCACAGCGCGUAUCUGGGCUCGCUGCCGGCCCGCGGGGGCGGGGGCGCGGCUGGGGCCGACGGCGCUCUCAAAGCGCCACGGAAGGGCAUCAUCCGGGGCGGGGCGGCGGCGAACGGGGACGCGCGCGGCCUGAAGCGCGCGGCAACCGAGAUAUCCAACGACGAGCAGCCAGCCGCGGCAAUAGGGGCGCCCGCCGCGGCUAGCUCGGAGGCAGCCGAGGCCAAGAAUAGCAGCAGCGCCGCCAGCCGGGCAGCUAGGGGCAAGGUGUUCCUGCCGUUUCCGGCGGGAUACAAGUCGUACCCGACAGUGACCGAGAUCGCGCAGUUCAUCCAUAAGACGGGCAUCACGAACAACACGACGCUGGGCGAGGCCGACAUCCAGCAGCUGGUGGACGUGCUCGUGUACGAUGGCCUGGUGGAGGCGGUCAAGGUGGGCGGGCGCAAGGGGUACCGCGUGAUGCGGGCCGCCAAGCAGGACACGGCGUCGUUCGAGAAGCGCCAAAAGGAGCGCGAGGCGGGCAUCGGGCUCGACAAGCCGCACACGGGCGUCGCGCUGCCCACCAACGGCGUGACCGAGGCCCCGUGCGGGCGAUGUCCCGUAUUCGAGAUAUGCGAGGAGGGCGGCCCCGUCAGCCCGAGCAAGUGUGUGUACUUUAUGCAGUGGCUGGGGCUUGAAGACAGGCUAGCCGGAGGUGCCCCUGCUAUGGUCAGCAUAUAG